AUGAAGGCGGCGCGGCUGCUGCUCCUCCUCAGCGGCUGCGCGCUGCUCCUGUUGGCGCCGGAGGUGCGCGGCUGCGGGCCGGGCCGGGUAGUGGGCAGCCGUCGCCGCCUGCCCAGGAAGCUUAUCCCUCUCGCCUACAAGCAGUUCAGCCCCAACGUGCCCGAGAAGACGCUGGGCGCAAGCGGCAGGUACGAAGGCAAGAUCGCCCGCAACUCGGAGCGCUUCAAGGAGCUGACGCCCAACUACAACCCGGACAUCAUCUUCAAAGAUGAGGAGAACACCGGCGCCGACCGCCUCAUGACCCAGCGUUGCAAGGACCGCCUAAACUCCCUAGCCAUUUCCGUGAUGAACCAGUGGCCAGGGGUGAAGCUCCGGGUGACUGAAGGUUGGGAUGAAGAUGGACACCACUCAGAGGAGUCCCUGCACUAUGAAGGCCGUGCUGUUGACAUUACCACCUCUGACCGGGACCGCAACAAGUAUGGGAUGCUCGCACGCCUGGCUGUGGAGGCUGGUUUUGACUGGGUUUAUUAUGAAUCCAAGGCUCACAUUCACUGUUCUGUUAAAUCAGAGCAUUCAGCUGCGGCAAAGACGGGAGGUUGUUUCCCAGCUCGAGCCUUGACAACUCUAGAGAGUGGGACCAAGAUUCCAUUGUGGGCACUGAAGCCAGGGCAGAAGGUCCAGGCCAUGGAUGCGCAAGGUCACCUCGUCUACAGUGAGUUCCUGGCAUUUCUGGAUAAGGCAGUGUCACCACGGACCGCUUUCCACGUCGUUGAAACCCAGGACCCACCCCGCCGCUUGGCUCUCACGGCAGCACACCUCCUUUUUGUGGGGGAGAACGCAACUGCACCCAUGAAGACUAUUUUUGCCAGCCUGGUCCAGCCAGGCCAAUACGUGCUGGUAACUGAGGGGGGACGGCUGCAGCCAGCCAGGAUAACGGCUGUCUCCUUACAGGUGGAUGUUGGUGCCUAUGCCCCCCUCACCAGCCACGGGACUCUGGUGGUGGAUGAAGUGGUGGCUUCUUGUUUUGCUCUGGUGCGGGACCACCACUUGGCUCAGUGGGCUUUCGGGCCCUUGCGACUGUAUCACCACUGGGCAGGGCGUGACUGGACCCAGCCAGAAGGUGUGCACUGGUACUCUGUCCUGCUUUACCGCCUGGGCCAAAUGUUCCUAGCUUCAGAUAGCUUCCACCAGUUGGCCACAGUGCAGUUUGAGAGCUGACUGAAUGUUUUCCAUUGCCGCUGAGACAGCUGAGACAGGGAGAAACCCAGUGGCCUCCACUGGUUCUUGGGAGGGACUGCCAAAACCCUAAUGGGUGGGGGAAAGGAGGUGGGACCUCUGGCUUCCCAUCACCUACACCAAGAACAAGAGUGGAAGGAAGGUUUCGAUUUUUGUUUCCGCCUUCUUUGUGCUGUUGGCUACAGAAGGGAGUGCCCAGCAAUGGGGCCAUAUGCUGCUAUUUUUGGUUGAAGAGCCUCUUGAUGCAAAAAGGAGAGGGAUCCAGAUGAAGAUCCUCAAACCCAGGAUGAAUGAAUGA